GUGUUGUGCCAGGGUCGGAAAUGCGCCUCUCUUCGCCUCCCUUUACGCACGACACUUAGACGGUUUUAGUCUCUAUUUUCUGCAGUUGUUGGCGAGAAAAUAUGGGUUGAAGGCGCCUGGAAGGUUUUAGACGAAGGCGUGAGGACUAAAAGCCACCAUGACUCGACUGCGGCGGAAGGCUCUGGUGGCCCUCUUCCUCUUCACCCUCUUCAUUUUUGGCACCAUGAUGGGACUGCGCACCCUCAAGCCUAGCGACGGCUUCUCCGACAUGGCGCCGGGUCUAGACUUCACUGGGGGUGAGCACUCGGAACGCAGACGAGCCGAUAUUAAAGACCUCCAAGCCGCUUCUCCCCAAUCUCAAACCGGCAACAGUGAUACCAAAGUCGUAUUCACCAGGUCGGACCGCGAGUACAGCAUAUUCUACGACGUGCAUAUAUUUUAUUACCUGUGGUAUGGGGCUCCGAGCAUGGACCAGAAGUAUAUUCACUGGGAUCAUGUGCUGGUGCCACACUGGGACCCUAAGAUCGCGGCGAGUCAUGCCCAAGGAAAGCACUCGCCUCCUGAAGACAUCGCGGCCAGUUUCUACCCAGAGCUGGGGCCCUACAGCUCCAGAGAUUCAACAAUCCUGGAGAAUCAUAUGUCGCAGAUAGAAGAGGCUGCAGCAGGGGUGCUGGUGCUGUCCUGGUAUCCUCCUGGAGUGGCAGAUGACCACGGAGAACCUACAGAAGACCUGGUGCCUGCUGUUCUGGACGCUGCCCACAGACACAGCAUCAAGGUGGCUUUCCACAUCCAGCCAUACAAGGGGCGGACGGAGCAGAGCAUGCAUGACAACAUCAGAUAUAUCAUUGACAAAUAUGGAAAACACGGCGCCUUCUACCGACUCCGUUCCAGCACAGGACGGGUCCUCCCUCUAUUCUACGUCUAUGACUCGUACCUCACCCCCUCUGACUCGUGGGCGGAGCUUCUGACACCCAAGGGCUCCCAUACCGUUCGAGGCACGCCCUACGACGCGGUCUUUGUUGCCCUGAUUGUCGAAGAACGCCAUAAAAACGACAUCUUAGCUAGCGGCUUCGACGGCAUGUACACCUACUUUGCAUCAAACGGAUUUUCCUUCGGCUCCUCCCACCAGAACUGGAAAGCCAUCAAGACAUUUUGCGAUACCAAUAACCUACUAUUCAUUCCGAGCGUUGGGCCUGGGUACGUUGACACGGCGGUCCGGCCUUGGAAUAACCACAACACGAGGAACAGGGUGAAUGGGAGAUAUUAUGAGACGUCCUUGCAAGCGGCGUUAUCAGUGAGGCCUGAAAUUGUGACGAUAACUUCCUUCAACCAAUGGCAUGAAGGGACGCAGAUUGAGAAGGCGGUGCCCAAAAAGACAGCCACGCGCCUGUAUUUGGACUACCUACCCAACCAGCCAGAGCACUAUCUAGAGCUGACACGCCAAUGGGCUGAGAACUUCAACAAAGAGAAGGACAAGUGGUUACUGUGAAUAUUUUACAGACAUGAAUUAAACAGUACCACUUUAUAAUAACUAGGGAUGCACCAGUAUGAUACCGGUGAAGGAUAUGGGCUCUUAUAUCAGUUGAUAUCGGGUAUUGGCAGAAACAUAAAGCCAAAAUACUGACAUCAGAACAGAAACCUGGAUCGGUGCAACCCUCAUAAUGUUUUUAAUUAGUCUUAUAAAAGCAUGAACAAAGACUUAAAGCUGGAGCUGUACAUACUCCACAUACCUGACUUAAAAACCUGAAAAACGCAACUGUUUGCAAUUAUUCCUCACUUAUCUUAUGCAUUCUGAACAUCCUAAUUAGUCACAGUGGUGAGCUUAUAAGAGCUUUUCACAACUCUCAAAGACAAGUGCAGAGUUUUAUCGUGAAGCUAAAGCUAACAAUAGUUAGCAUGCUAAUGCACACUUUCCACAGAUCUGUAAUAGGGAACAGCUAGCUUACACCUGUCACAAGUUUGGACUUGUGGUCAGUCCAUUGGCCGUGCAGCGAAAAACUCUUCUCCAGCUCUGAAAGCAUUUUUCCCAUAGAGCACAAUGUAAAAACAAACUGCUUGUGUUUCGCUGACAGGAACCUACAGCAUUCAGCCACUCUGCGGCACUCUGGCGCUGCUCUAGAAAACACAAACUUUAGUUUCAUUUUGUUUAAAGGAAAGCACACAUUUUAGUUUUUUUUUUUUUUUUUUAAAACAAAAAAAAACCAUUAUGAAUCAUUAUAAAUUUGUUCAUUAUGAAUUAAUUGAUAAUGAACAAAUAGUUUAAGAAUGAUUCAGGCUUUAAUAACUACAUAAAGGCUUAUGUUUGGAGUUAGUGUGUUAAUUACCUAGUAUGAACUGAGUCUUUAUUCAUUCAUUAUUCGGCUAAUUAAAUUGUAGUUAUUAUAAAGUGUUACCAAAUCUCCUGUAUUAUAUUACUUUAUUAUGACUUUUUGAAGCUUUUGUCAUGUUGCAAUGUUGUUUCCUCAUUUAGAAAAAAACAUACCCAGAGCUGUUUUGUAUUAUUCAUGAAAAUGGGGUAAUUUUGUAAUUUUUUCUGCACUGGAGGUAUGCAAAAGUCAAACUUCACUGGACUUAUCAUUAGUGUUUUAAUCGCCACUGCGACACUUUAGCAGUUAUUGUUUGUAGCUUCAUUUAAACUGACUCACUUCUUAGUCCACUAGAAAAGGGCACAUCUUUGGUAUGCCCAAAUCAUUUUCACAAUAUAAGUUAUGUAAAAUUACAUUACAAAAUGUUAUUUUUUCCAUAAUAAAGGGCAUUUAAAAACAUGCUCACUGUUUUGUGCACUUAACAUGUUUGUACAGCAUACAAUGAUAUAAAACUAUGAAAACAAAUGAGCAUAUGCAUUUUACAACAGCUACGUCUGGAGAAUAUCAUCCCACAAUCCAAACGUCAAUGUCAUUAAGUUUAUUGUGCAUAUAAACCAUUUUUUUCUAGUUUUUGCACAAGCUGAAUUGACUUAAAAUGGAACACUUGGCAAACCACAAAAUUAUAGUGUUUGUGUUUUAUUGUGUGACUCACAUUGUUGCUAUACCACAACAGAUGUCACUAACAGAAUUUGAAGACUUAGUAAAAAUCUUAUGAAAACAAUUAUGAAUAUCACGCUCACAUUGUUUUUAGUUUUGGAGACAGACAUUGUUUCCUGGUAAUAGAUUUGUCCACACCAACAGUCUCUAAAUGUACAGUUAAUAAUAUCUCUUUUUGCCUUUUUUCUAUUCCUUUCCUGUAUCUUUUUGAAAAUAAAAUUAAAAGACAAGUUUACAUUAAACACUUCUGUGUAAAUAGCUUUACUUUUAUUCUUGCAGGUUUGUACAUUUAAGAAAAUAUGUACUAUAAUGCAAAUGAUCAUUUAAUGAGAGGAUAUGAGAAGAUUUGUCUAUUAUGUCAUGUUGAUAUAAGGGCGCCCCCUGAUGGAGUGUUGGGUCAUUGCUGCAUACUAUGAGCAAAGUAAAGUCUGAGAAUCUUUGCAAAAACAAACCCUCAUUUUGAUAAGGUUAAGGCCUUCAGUGAUUGGUCUUGAUAUUAUUUUCCAUAUUAAAGUCACAGUAUGUAACUAUGUAUGUAAGUAUAGACAGAAAUAAAAACAUGUUUUUUGCUUUUUUUCCAUUAUGGUUGCUUAUUUCACUGAGAAAUACAGAAAAACAUAGAUCCUUACUGUGAGUGGGCUUGAAUCUUCACAAACCUGGCUCUUAUGUGGUCUGGAGGAGCGCCUCUUCCUACAUGUUUCCAAAGAAAUGCUUCUUUGGCUAUAAUAUUCCACAGUAUGGCAUAAAUCUUAUGGAUCAUACUAUCGGGAAAGUUACAUACUGUGGCUUUAAUUUUCUUAUUUAAAACUACUAUGGCUUGUGAAGAUAGACAAGAUACAUGAUCUUUUAAAAUAAACCUGUUCCUG